AUGCCUCUUCCGGAGCACAAAAAGAUGAACUUCCCGCCAUUUCGCCUCACACAGGCAAGCACCCGGGCGACCUCGACGAGUUCGACGACUUCGACUCCUUCGGACUCUGGUUACUCUGGAUCUGAGUCCUACAGGGAAUCUUCUGUCAAUAGCACUACCACCAGUUACACCAGCGAAGCCGGCCCUUCCAAUCGAGCCUUAGGCCGUACCCGAUCUCAGACCCUGAUGCCUCCCCCGCCCAACCUUCCUUUACGACCUACUCCUGCAAACAAGAGGAAGGCGUCAGCUACCACCCCAUCUACCCCAGCAAACAAACGUCCCAAACAUAUUCCCAUCGAUCCUCAACUCACCGAUACCCAAAAGACCAAAUACGAGAGAUAUGACGCUCUGAAAGCCCCGGACGGAACGACUGCCGAGGACUACAUCGUCUCGUGGCUCGCAGACGGACAGAACUGGGAGGUCUACAAGGGAAAGUCUGAGGCAGGGAGGAACGAGGUGGCGAGAGGGAUAUACAAAGGUAUGCUCGAUGCUGGUAUCGAGCAUAACAGGACGGAUACCAAGCCGUUGAUCCAGAAGAUCGCCCGUAUUCACUCGAGCUGGACACGGGCACAUCAAGAUCUUUACAAGACAGGAAACGGUAGCCUCGAAGGCGAAGAGAACGCUGGAUUCGCCGCUAAAUUCCGCACGAAAAACCCCCAUUACGAGACCCUCCUGCCUGUCUUCGGUUCUCGAGUCGGAUCUCGACCUUCCCUGAUCCUCGACUCCCACAAGAGCGACACUCGUUCUCUCGAGGAUCAACUCGGUGUCGACGGUCGCCAACAACAAGAUACCCCGGUCCGAGAACUUGAUGAGUCGCAAGCCGGUACUCCGGCUCGAGCUCCGAGUUCCUCGUUGCCACCUCAUACCCCCACCCCCCGCCGCUUCGAAGAUAUUGCCAACGCCUUCACUUCCGUUGAACACGACGAGAACGAUCCCGAGUACAGAGAAAUGAUGGACAACGACGAUUACGAUCUUGGCGGGAGAGCGAUCUCCCCCCGCGUCUCCAUCCUAGCCCCCGUCAACCGCACCUUGGAGUCCUCCAGCUCGUCCAACACCGUCGCCAGCCGAACUAUCCCUGACACUCCAGGAUCUCGAGGCAAAGGAAAACGCAAGGGCAAGGAUAUGACGGAUGCUGGAGAUGAUGCGAUGGCGAAGAUCGCGGAGGCGAUUGCAGAGACUAGCAGGAAUCAGGCAGCGGGAGCGGAGGUAGACAAGGCGUACAAGGAGGCGUUGUUGGAGUCUGCGAAGCAAGAGGCGCAAGUCAGGGAGAGAGCUAUGCGUCUCGAUGAACAGAAGUGGGAGGAGGAGAAGAGGGAUCGAGAGCUGAGGAGAGAGAUGGACCGCAAGAAGGGUGAUGAUGAGGAGCUUGCCAGGGAGCAUACGAAGAAGAUGAGGCAGAUCGAAAUGUUCGCGAGGUUGAGGGAGGCGGGAGUUGAACCCAAGGAAGCUAAGAGGAUCGCUGGUAUGCCCGAGGAUUAA